UGAUGCUGCGACAAUUCACAUGAAAAUACGAGUAUAAUAUUUUYCCGGGCAUUUUUCGUUAUUUUAUAAGAUGAAUAGAAUGCGCGGACUGGUUCAGUGAUGAAAUACGUCACAAACCAGAGUAUCACUUUUCAAAAUUUCUGCCGCUUACCAUUAACGAUUCAAGCAAGACAACUAGAAAUCGUCAGAUACCUAAACAAGGCUAAACAACUCGCAUUCUCUACAAACGAAACACAGAGACAGUGGCCUAAACGAAGAAUACAACAUGAAGAUCGCUAUCCAAAUCUUAGUUUUGGUCAUCGCAUUUCCUUACGUUGGAGCGGCUCUGUCGUGUCCAACUAAUUGCACCGCUGAGGCGUGCCACAAUCCUGCAAAUUGCACGGGCAGUAUGGUGCUGGAUGAGUGCAAAUGUUGCAAAAGGUGCGCGAAACGCGAGGGAGAAACUUGUGGAGGGAAAUUUAACAUCCAUGGUCCUUGUGACGAGGGUUUGAACUGUGUUGUGACGAAGAAGCUCUCGAACACUGGGAUUUGUCAACGAGCUCCCGAGGAAGAUUUAUGCAAGAAGAAAAAAUGUGGUUUCAGACAACAGUGUACAACAGACAAGCAAGGCAAAGCAGUGUGCAUUUGUCCCAGAAACUGCAGAGAGAGUAAAGGACGACCAGUGUGUGGUUACAAGAACGGCAAACAGUACAAAAAUCCAUGUGAGCUUUACAGACAUGAAUGUCGGACGGGGAAAGAAAUUGGCCGAUUUAAUGGACCUUGCAAAAGGUGUUUUCAUCAUGGCAAACCCUACAGACUUGGAGAAGCGAGAAGAGGACACGCACCAUGCGAGAAAUGUGUUUGUUACCAUGGUGACUGGAAAUGCAAUACCAAGAAGCAUUGUCAAGACAGGAUCGAUUUCUGUACAGUCUUCAACGACCCUAAAGGGGGUCUUAUUUCGACGUGUCCCCCUGGGUACUGGUGCAAGGUACAAAUCCCAAGCAUACCCGAGCAGAAUAUUCCUGGUGUUGGACGAUGUGUGCCUACGAAAUCUGAUGACGCGAACUCUUCCAUUGACAUCACGUCUCCUAGCAACGUCUCCACGACAGUAGUUACCAAGCCCAAAACAGGUGAUGGCGUCAUGAAUCCUUGCGACCUCCCGCUUCAAGUUGGUCCGUGUCGAGCAUCAAUAUCCAAGUGGUACUACAACAAGAGUCGUCGAAAGUGCAUGAAGUUUAUCUUCGGCGGCUGCGGUGCUAAUGCGAAUAACUUCCCAACCAAGUCGAGCUGUCGCAUCAAGUGCAUGCGCAGAAGAGGUCAGUUGGUCAAAUCUACAGCAUCCACUAAACCAACCAAACCUACUACAACCAUUAAAACAACAACACAACCAAAAACAACAGAAGGAAGUCGUAACAUGACAGCGAUGUGUAACCUCCCACCAGCUCCAGGUCCAUGCCGUGCCGCCAUGCCUCAGUGGUUCUACAACCCCAAGAAACAACGCUGUAUGCGGUUUAUUUUUGGUGGCUGUGGAGGCAACGAGAAUAACUUCGAUACGAAGGACGAGUGCAAAAAAGCGUGCAUGCGCAAUAAAGGCACUAAGCCAUCAUCCCUCACCGAAUCUUCUACCAGAAUGAGCUCAGAUUCAGAGUCAACAACCAGGACUAGUCCGACGAGUCAGAUUACCGAACCAUCUACCAACACAACACAAAACAAUACAAUUCCAACUAGUACAACACCGACCAACCCAACAACAAGGGGUCCGACAACCAAAAGAGGUACUCCACAGUCCACACCAGAAACAAAAUUAUUCAGUUGCCCGUGCUCUGAGUGUCCAGUGACGACAGGAGAAGAAACCUGUGAGACGCAUUAUGGGUGUUUUACAUCACAGAUACAACACACGGACGGAUCUCAGACGGUUAAGUAUGGCUGCCUUGAGAACGAGGAACAUUAUACUAUUGUGUGUAAUGUUAGAUCGCCUGAUGAGAAACAGCCUAAGAUGCUGUUGGAGUGCUGUAAGGGACAUAUGUGUAAUCAGCCUGAAGUCAGAGGAAGGACAGACGUCAGGCAAUCUCUGCCGAAGACGUCAACAACACCCACUCAAGCCACUGUUGUGAAGAAAAAAGUUUCGAGUGAAAUCCCUCGCUGUUUCGAUGCGCACAGCAGUAAGUUCUAUGGAGAAAACGAGGAAUGGAAGCCAAACGAUUGUACCGUGUGUGCGUGUCAUGGAGGCCAGCCUGAGUGCGUAGCAACCGUCUGUAGACAUCCCAACUGCGUGGAUCCGAUACGAGUCAAAGGACAAUGUUGUCCCGUGUGCGCGGCCAAGGGGAAUACCACUGAAGACUCCCAGGAUAUGAUCAAAGCACUUGCCCAAAGUGAGCUUACAACUGUAUUAGUCAGCAUCAAGAAAGACAAGGACAAGCGGUUCUGCGAGGACAUGAACUCUGGCGAGCUAUACAUGGUGGGGCAGAACUGGAAGGUAGAUGAUUGUACCACGUGUUACUGUCAGAGGGAUGGUAAAAUAGCCUGUGCUGUACAGAUGUGUAAUGGGUAUCCUGGAUGUCCGAAUCCAGUCAAGGAGAAAGGGCACUGCUGUCCAGUCUGUCCGGAAGAACCGGAAGAAGAGUUGGUUUCCUCAGAGAAUGAAGUGAUCAACUCGCCGCACUCAUGCCUUGACUCAGUGACAAGAGAUCACUACAGACUUGGCGAGAUGUGGCAACAGGACGACUGCACAGCCUGUACCUGCAGAACAGGCAGAAAGAGUCACUGUCGAAAAAGCAUGUGCAAGACGCCGACCUGUGCAAAGACCAUUCACUUGAAGGGACGAUGCUGUCCUGCUUGUGAGAAGGACGCUAAAUCUGGUUGCGUAUUCGAGGGUCAGAAAUAUCUUCCAGGUGAAUACAAAGUGUUGGCUGAUCACUGCACGUUAUGCGAAUGUAAAAAUCUGGAAUGGCACUGUUCAACAAGGAAGUGUCGGAAAAAUCUCAACCGAGGAGGCUAGCCUAUGUUGCCCACUGAUACAGAAUACUCUUGUGAAUAGUAACAUCUUAAAAAGACAAAUCGACAAAAGGUUCAACUUCAGCUGUAGCCAACCAAGGAAACAGAUAAUGACACAUCUCUCACUACCAUUCAUUAUCUCUGAACCUCUUAUAUGCGGAAAAUUUAGAAACAUUUUUACAAGCCAGUCGUAAAUUUGAUAAAAUUUUAGGCCAUGAUAAACUGCUAGCAGCCCCUAACAAGACCCUUGAAAUUGCCGACCAAAACAAAACUAGAUAAGAAUCAAGGCCUUGUUUGUAUGAAAGCAAAAGUGUCUCCAGAGAUAAAGAAACCAAUAACUAGUACUUCAACAGAGUCAAAGGAAAGUGGUGCAGUUAAAGUCCAAAAGAAAGAUUGUACUAGGUAGUAAGAUUAAAGACAAUUCUUCAAGGGAGUUUUGAAUUCAAGAAAAAUGGGUGUGCACAACCACCUCAGUAUUGUAGGGCUUAAUUUAGGGUGUACCCCUAUUCAGUCCCAGAAUUCCAAACUGUCUGAAUUGAUUCCUCCAGUCUUUCUUUUAACUUCAAAAAGACAAAUGAUAUGCCAUAAGAUACUUAAUAUUUUAUCCACUGUCUGAAGAGUAAUAAUACUAAGUUCUAAUAUAAAGUAUUUUUAUCAAGAUAUAUCUAUGAAUGCAUGAAAAAAGGUGUUACYGUUAGUUGUUCGUUUACUUAAAAAGCAGUGUCCUAACUUAGUCUAGUAUCCAAGACCUAGUAGUAAAUGUAAAAACGUAAAUGAAUGUUCAUUUUACUGGCGCUAAAUUGAUUAUGAACCGAAUAAAUGCUGAUAAGUAGUUGAUGGCAUAAUAGGCAUACUACAGAUAUUAAUCAAGUUUGGUGCGAGGCUUUCAUGAUUGACCAGAAACCAAAUAAAUACCAAUAUUUUUAGCAGAAGUCAAAAUCUCACGUUCCUAUAGUUUGAUGCACCAAAAUAUCUUAAAAAGUGCACCAAAAGAAGACUGAGCUUAAUCUGGAGGCUUUCGUAAAGAUAAAAAAUAAUUUACAGUUAUUAACCUUCCCGAAAUAAGAAAGAGAUUAUUUGUACUGAAUUCUUGUACCACAUUUGUAAACAAGAAAUAUAAAAGACUAUAUUAAAAAAAAAAACUAAAAAUAUUACAAAAAGCAACUUUACAAUGGAUUACAAAAAAACUGUACAAUGUUGACAUUACAAUAAAAAACAUGUUUAAAUAGUA